AUGGCGGAUUGGCCAGCUGCAUACGUCCGUGUUGAUAAGUUCCAUCCGCCAAAGACCUUCAGAUUUCCCCGUCGCAAGUUUGGAUCAAAGGGCGAGACUCGUUCGUUCAAAGCAGAGUGGUGUGAAAAGUUCGAUUGGCUGCAUUACGACGCUUCCGCUGAUGCUGCGUUCUGCCACGUUUGCAUGAGUGCUGAACUAGAGAAAAAGUUUCUGGCGAGCACGAAGAAAGAUCAUGCCUUUAUCAGUAAAGGAUUUACUAACUGGAAGGAGGCGACGAUUGCGUUCAAAAAGCAUCUGGCCAGCGCUUGUCAUCGCGAGGCAGUGUCCGGAAUACAAGAUCUACCGAAACACGUACAUGACGUUGGAGAGUUGCUCGACUCUCAGCACCGCAAGGAAAAGGCACUCAAUAGAGAUAUGUUUCGGAGAGUACUGCAGAAUGUUUGCUUCCUUGCUCGUCAAGGUUUAGCUCUGAGAGGACACUGUGAUAGUGCAGAAAGUAACUUUAAACAGCUGAUGCGGUUAAAAGCAUGUGACUGUGCCGAAGUUUUGGAGUGGAUGGAUAAGAAGACAAAUAAGUAUACCUCUCCUGACAUUCAAAAUGAGUGCCUUCUGUUGAUGGCCUUGCACAUCUUGCGGCAAGUUAGCAAUAGUAGCUGUAGAAAUGGCUUCUAUACUAUUAUGGCUGAUGAAUGCACAGAUGUAGCAAACAAGGAACAGUUUACAAUCUGCAUUAGAUGGGUGGAUGACAGUCUAACAGACCAUGAGGAUGUGAUUGGAUUGUAUAAUGUUGGCACCAUUGAUACAAAUUGUCUGGCAGUGACUAUCCGAGAUGUCUUUCUGCGCAUGAAAAUGACACUAUGCCGUGGGCAAUGCUAUGACGGUGCGUCAAACAUGACUGGAAGCAAGCAUGGUGUUGCAACUCAACUUCAGGCAGAGGAGAGUCGAGCUAUACUAACGCAUUGCUAUGGGCAUGCACUAAUCCUGGCCAUAGGAGAUGCAAUGAAGCAGUCUAAGAUAUGCAGAGAUGCAUUGGACACACACGGCAUAUGA